AUAGUACAGUAUAUUGAUGUUUGCUAUGUUAGUGAUAACCAAUUGAUGCAAUAAUGUCAUACCGAGGAAGAAGCUCUUUGUCAGUAAUUUUUGAAAGAUUUAUUGAUUCACUUAAACCAAAACAUAUUAAGACAAAUACUAAACACAUGGGAACCGAUUAUUUGGGUAACAAUUACUACGAAUGUCUUCCAAAAAAAUUAUAUGAUUCGCGACAACAACCGAGACGAUGGUUUAAACCACCGAAUGAAGACCUUUGGGACAGACAAUUGCCUCCCGAAUGGAAUGCUUGGCUAAGAAUGAUGCGAAAGAUUCCGCCGACAAUUGAAGAGAUUGAAUACAAUCGUAUGAUUGAAAAUAAAAAACAACAAUUUAGUCAAUCAAUAGCUGAUCCAAACACUCAAACAAACAAACAAAAGGUUCAUCCGGUCUCUGGUUUUCCAAUUUAUGACGAAUACAAACACUGAAUCUAUAAUUUAGUGACAAAUAUUGUAAUAU